GAAGGCAGUUGGUGGUGGUGGCAGUCUACCAACUUCAAACUUAACAGCGACGACACCAAGGUGUUUCGAGGAAAAAGAAGCUGAAGACAUUGACUUACCCACCAAAUGGUUUCAUCGGACUUAAAGGAACAUGAAAAUGGAAAUUACACACUAAUUGGAGAUGCAGAGGAUAAUCAGCUAGGAUAUUUUGAUAAUCCCCUCCCUUGUUUUGGAUGUGGAAUAGGAUGGUUUUGUCUGUUGCUUGGGUUUGUACUCCCGUUGAUGUGGUAUUAUGCAACAAUCUUGUACUUUGGAAACUACUACCGGAAGGAUCCAAGGGAGCGAACAGGACUUGCUGCCAGUGCAAUAGCUGCUCUGAUAUUUACAGUAGCGGUGCUUAUUACAAUAAUCAUUAUCGUCUUAUGAUGCUUGCUGAGGUGACUAGUUUCACAGAAAAUCUCACAUGUGACAUCUUCUUGGCCGUAGAAGGGAACAUCAAUGGUGUUGUAAAUUCCAAAGGCGAGUCUUUGAAUCCUUUUGGAUGUUCCGCAUAUUAACUUAAUGUAGAGCGUUGACGAAAGGUAAACGACAAUGUAAGAUGACUCGUGCACAAAUCGUUUAGCAUUAGCGAUACUGAAACUUCCGGAAUUAACAUUAUAUACUUGCACUUUUAUCGCAUUGGCUGUAACAACCCGUUCUAUAUGGAUAAAAAGUUAGAUUUGUGAGG